AUGAUGAACGUCGAUCUCUGCAAGCAGUAUGGCCGUGGCAGGACAAGUCAGAGUCAAGAGGGAAGACCAGAGGGCAGUCUGAGCACUCAGAGCAAUGGGCACGGGCCAAGAAGCGGGUGUCCUGUGCGAUCAGAAGCACACUUGGAAUUAGUUUGGAUGCACCUCAUGAUUACCCAGAAAUGAACGCCGAGGUUCUCAGUUUCUCCCCUGCUCCUGGCUUAGAGGAAGCGGGUCGCGUAUUAUUGACCAUUUGGGACUCUCUGCAACACGUAGAGACAAAUAGACUUGCCUGUCUACGGCUAACAGAACGCUGCGCUGAUAUCCUACUGUCCAUUCGUGAAGAGAUAUUUGAAGCUGGUGAUCAAGUCGGCGAAGGGUUGACAGUUCCGAUACAGAAACUUGUCUUGGCAUUUAAAGCUGUGCGGAUUCUUCUCGAAAAGCAGGCUCAUAAGCCUUCCCUUAAACGCUUUUUGGAGCGAGAUGAUGUAUUACGCGGUAUCAGUCGCUGCGACGCCGCCUUGAGUGAUGCUCUAAGUUUAUUUUCGCUAUCAAUUCAAAUACGGACGCUACGCGAGCUACAAGUCGCAGCGACACAACGGAGGGUUGAUACCGAGACUCUUAUUGCGUCGCUUGUGCCGCAGCUAUCGGAACCUGACAUCGACGCUGCUCCAAAUAAAAAAUCAAUUGAACUCGCUCAGGAACCCAAUUGGACAAUUACUCGCUAUGAAGUCAAUCUACAGUCGAAGCUCGGUUCUGGGUAUUUUUCUGAGGUGCACCGUGCUCGCUGGAGGGAACAGACAGUUGCAGUAAAGAUUCUCACGCUAACAACGCCAUGGAAUUUUUUUAUCAGUGAGAUGGCCGCCUGGUGGAGGCUUCGGCAUCCCAAUGUAGUUCGCCUGCUUGGCGCGAACUCCGCAAAAUCUGACCCACCAUGGUUUCUUGUUAGCCCGUUCAUGAAGAACGGAAAUCUCAUUGACUACAUGCGCUCCUCUGAGCAGUUGAUAGAUGGUCCAUUUGAGCAGAGAGCGAUGCAUGAGAUUGCAAAAGGCAUGGAGUACCUUCACCAACAAGGUGUGAUCCAUGGAGCCCUGAAGGGAACGAAUGUGCUGAUCGACGACGAUGGGCGUUGUGUCUUGUCGGAUUUUGGCCAGAGCGAAAUGAAGAGUGAAGUUUAUCGUUUAAGCAGCACUCCUCCACGCGGGGCUCUGCGGUGGCGAGCACCGGAGAUAAUUGAUGAAAGUUUCCCUGACAAAGUCACGCGUCAAGUUGAUGUGUAUGCAUAUGCGAUUGUCUGUGUGGAGAUCCUGGGCCAUGGUACUCUACCGUGGGGUGAUGUAAACGAUGACACAUACAGGCGUCUUGUGGUCGAAGAGGACAAGCGACCAUCUAUUGCAUUCCCAAAUGCAUCGAAAAGCAUUCUGGCAAUCAUCGACUUGUGCUGGCAGCGGGACCCUUCCAUUAGGCCAACUUUCCAGGAUAUCGUUUGCGAGAUUGAGAAUCCAGGUUCAAGUAAAAUAUUUAGAGGGAAAGCCAAGCUCAUCGACGACGAUUCCGAACGGAAUCAGUCGCAGGAUGGACCUGACAGCACACUCCAGAGGACAUUGGCAAAACUGACUCAUCUUGAUCUAACCGGUCGCGUCCAGUACAAUACCACUGUUAUGCAUGCAAACGGGGGCUAUUGUGAUGUAUUUGUCGGCACUAUUCCUACUCUACCUCAUGAAGGUCCAUCCGAUAAAUCAGCUCUCAUAUUAACAUCGAAGGUUGCCGUCAAGCGAAUGCGUAUUCACAUAUAUAAGGAACGGGACUUCGACAAGCUUUUCGCAAAAGAGUUAUAUGUAUGGUCAAAGCUUAAACACCCGAAUAUCUUACCGCUUCGAGGAUUCGCACUGGAAGGAGCCUACCCGCUUGUAAUUUCAGAGUGGAUGGAAAAUGGGACACUACGAGAGUAUUUGCAAGUCCACCCGAAUUGUAAUGCCGAGCCUAUGAUAGUCGGGAUUGCCAAAGGUUUAGACUACUUGCAUGGAUUGGGUAUUAUACAUGGUGAUCUUAAAGCAGAUAAUGUACUGAUUAGCAGUCAUGGGGAGCCGCUUAUCUGCGAUUUUGGCAUUUCAAAAAUGCUAUCCGCUUCUCUUACUAUAGCAGCAGCAAGUUCGGGAGGGAUGAAGGGAUCCUUACGGUGGAUGGCAUAUGAACUCUUCGACUUGUCCAGCAAUGGACAACUUACUAAAGAAUCAGAUAUUUGGGCAUUUGGCAUGACUGUCUAUGAAGUGCUUUCACGAGAACUGCCAUACGCUCGUUUCAGAAAUGACAUGCAGGUGAUGCAUGCUAUCAUAAAGCAUGUCUUACCUUCUUGUCCUGCUGGAUAUGAUAGUUGGUCACAUUUCUUAAAAACCAUGUGGAAAAUUUGUGAAAGUUGUUGGAUAUUACCUCCGGAGAAUCGAAUAACUAUAAUAGGUAUAACAAACUUUUUGCACUCAUCGGGAUAUACGAACGCCAUCACCGGCAGCACUGAAAGUGGACAUGAUGCAAUCCCCCUGUCUGGUAGUGGAGCCUCAAAACCUGAUAUACCUUAGCUGGUUAAGAGACCUCGAGCAGACGAGAUGCCGUAGCACAAGUCGAUAUCUCUGGACGUCUGAGACUUUCAUCCACUAUGGGCGACUUUUCACUCUGGCGCCAGUUAAUCUAUUCACCCCUUCCACCCCCUUUUAGACAUUAUG